AGCUCCGCGCAUGCUCCGUGUGCCUCGCUCCUUGUUAUUCGGUCGGUCGCGCAUUUCGGCGGAACGGAGAAGUGGAGAAAAAUGUCGCGGGUUUAUAUCGGAAGGCUGAGCUACCGAGCCAGAGAGAAGGACGUGGAGAGGUUUUUCAAAGGCUAUGGGAAGAUCCUCGAAGUCGACUUGAAAAACGGGUACGGGUUUGUUGAAUUCGACGACCCCCGCGACGCCGACGAUGCGGUUUACGACCUGAACGGCAAAGAGCUGUGCGGAGAGCGGGUGAUAGUGGAGCACACCAAGGGGCCCCGGAGGGACGGAGGCUACGGAGGAGGAGGAGGAGGAAGGAGUGGAUAUGGACGCUGGGGAAGAGACAGAUACGGUCCGCCGAUGAGGACGGAUUAUCGGCUUAUUGUUGAGAAUCUUUCCAGCCGCUGUAGCUGGCAGGACUUGAAGGACUACAUGAGGCAGGCGGGGGAGGUGACUUACGCCGACACCCACAAGGGUCGCAGGAACGAGGGCGUGAUCGAGUUCAGGCUCUACUCGGACAUGAAGAGGGCUCUGGAGAAGCUCGACGGCACCGAGGUGAAUGGCAGAAAGAUCCGGCUCAUCGAGGACCGUCCCGGUGCCCGCCGCCGCCGCUCGUAUUCCCGCAGUCGCAGCCGCUCCAGGUCUCGCUCCAGGAGCCGCAGAUCUCGCAAGAGUCGCAGCCGCAGUGAAAGCAGCAGCCGCAGCCGCUCACACUCCAGAGCGGCGUCUCGUUCCCGCAGUCGAUCCCGCAGCAAGAAGAAUAAGGGCAAAAAUAAGAAGGAGGAAGAGGAGCGAAGCAACGGAGCCGACAAGGGAAAAGAUCGCAGCCGAAGCCGCAGCCCCAAGAGCAAAAAGAUCAAGAAGGACGGGAAGAAGAUGAAGAAGGACGACUCCAGGUCCAGGUCUCGCUCCGGCUCCAGGUCACGCUCCAGGUCAGGCAACAAGGAUCGUUCCAGGAAGUCCGUCUCCAAGGAGCCGGCGAAGAGCGACGACGAGGGUGGCGAGCCGGAGAGGGGCUCCCGCUCCCGGUCUGGCUCCCCGGCCGAGUCCAAGUCCAGAGCCAGGUCCAAAUCCAAGUCAAAGUCCCGCUCCCCGUCCCCGGCCAAAGCCCGCUCCCAGUCCCGGUCCGCUUCCCGCUCAGAGUCCCGCUCCAAAUCCCGCUCCCAGUCUCGUUCCCGCUCCCGUUCCCGCUCCUAGUGGUGGACUGUCCGUGGCCCCGUUCUGUAUCUACAUUCCCCCAGCGCCGCCCGCCUCCUGGUUUUGAUAAGUAGCCGUAGAAAGCAGCGCUCUGCUCCCCGUCUUUUAUGCACACGCCGCUCCACUUCAUUUGACUUUGACAUACUUUUCAUUAGAGGUGUUUGUAAGAGAACAGGGUGCAGUCUGAGUUUUAUAAGUUUCACCGAUGCUCUGGUAUGUGUCUUAGCCUUUUUUAAUCGACGUAGAAGCAUACUGUUUUUGUCAAUAUGCCGGGUGGAGCCAGAUCCCACGUCUGCCGCCUUUUGUGAGAUCCUUGUACCGUUUUUGUUUCAGAAUAAAAAUGUCUGUUCGGGA